AUGAGUGCCUCUUUACACAAACAAAAAGACUGGGCUGCCAAGGAGUGGGUCGUGCUGCAGUUCAGCAGCCACAAGCACCGGGGCAUCGUCCACCUCGGUGAUGAGGAUCGCUUCGCAUACCUGGCCUUGGAGCCAAACUUGGACAGCAGCGACAUGGACCCAGUCGUUCGCAGGGACGUGACGCAGGGGGAAGUCCCGGAUGCCUGCAAAUGGACCCUUGUGCAUGCUGAUGGGGAGACAUCGGGGAAGCCACUGCAGUGCGACAUGCCGUUGCUACUGCGUGGGAAGUACAAUGACUGCCUUUCCGUGGGCCGCUCCCUUUGGGGAACCCAGGUGCCCCAAGCACGGAGAUCUGGAAAGAGCCUGGUGUGCAAGGGGCGGAAUGCUCGCGUCCCCGACCUUCGCUUCCGCAUCGUGCGGGCGGGCAUCCCUUUCAGUGCUGAGCCUUUGUACCCUUCUCUGCCUCCGCCUUCACCUCCACCCCCACUCCUGGGGCCCGAAGCAGAAGGGGAGCUUUUCGGAAACAAGUCCUUCGAAGAGCAGGAGCGCGUGCUCCUGGAUGACCUGCUGUUUUGUCUCCAGGGCUUUGAGGGCACCUUUGUUCGCAAGAGUCCCAGUUCCACGGAGCACCUCUUUGAAGUCGAGGUGCCCCCGGGAGGCGAUACAUCUACGGCCCAGUUUGUCCAGCAGCUCCUGCCACUCUGCAGCCACCACGCCUUCGUGCAAGAGUUCGUGCUGCAGCACAGCAAGUACGAGUACGGCACCGUCAACCAUGCACUCUGCGCAGCACUGCGGGAGCUCUUGCGGGAGUUUGCCAGCAAGGUGGCCCACUGGGAGGUGUCCUUCCACGCGGGGGAGCUGAGCCUGGCAGAGCUCUGGUACCAGUGCCAGGCCUCUAUGGAUACCUUCGCCUUGCUGCACCGCGUCACGGCGCACGUGUCUGGUCAGCUGGGUGGGGCGGUCUUGAACGGCAUUGAGGAGGUGAUGACCAAGACCAGCCUGUCUGCCGCCCAAGAUCUUUGCGAGCAUUUGCUGCAGCAGGCCUCACGGCCAUACUUUGACAUGGUGUCCAGGUGGGUCUAUGAGGGCCAGCUACAAGAUCCUUAUGGCGAGUUCUUCGUGUCGGAGAGCCCUCGUGUCCGUGAUGAACGGACCGGCGGCCCAGCGGCCGAUUUCUGGCAGAAGCAUUUCACUCUGGACGAACGGGCGGUGCCCCAGUUCCUAGCAUCUGGACGCGAGCGCAUUCUCCAUGCAGGCAAGUAUCUCCACAUCUACUUCUCGGCCUCUGGGAAGCAGUUGCCUGAGCCAAUCGGCGGCCGGGCCCCCUUCCGCUACUCCCGGCGACGGCGAGACUAUGCAGAGGCCAUUGAUGUGGCAUAUCGCCGAGCCGCCGCGGCACUCCUCGACCUCUUCAUGAAGCCCCAGCCGGAAGGCUUGGAUUUGCUGGGGCGGCUGAAGUCAUUGCGCCACUUCUUCUUCUUGAGCAAGGCGGACUGGUUUGGGCAUUUUCUGGAUACUGCAGGAGAGUUGGAGCGGCCAGCAGAAGAGAUACCCUUGGCUCGGCUGGACAGUCUUCUUGAUCUUGCCGUGCGUGCUUCGUCCUUGGCAACCGACCCAUACCGCGAAGACAUCUCUUGUGGGCUCCACUCUUUCCGCGUAGAGGACGCCUGCCACCGAAUGGUGAAGGGCUCCGCUGAAGACCCAGACAAGGACGAAGCAUCCAUUUCGGGUGUCACAGCAUCUGCGCCUGCCAGCGUGGGGAGCGAUGGCUCGGGCGUGAGAUGCCUGACUCUCAAGUAUCGCACGGCUUGGCCGCUUUCCAUCCUCUUCUCCCGCACCACCCUCCUGAAGUAUCAGGUCAUCUUCCGGCACCUCCUCUACUGUCGCUAUGUCGAGCGCAAGCUCGUGGAGGUUUGGGUGGACCACCAAUGCACCAAAGAUUUGGGCCUCGACUCCACCUUCAGCCCCUACUACUCUCUCCGGCAACGGAUGCUGCACUUCUGCCGGGACUACAUCUACUAUGCCACCGUGGAGGUCUUGGAGCCAAAGUCCCAUGAGUUCCUUGCAACACUGCGGCAGGCAGAGACCAUCGAUGACGUGCUCCACUGCCAUGAGAGCUUCCUGGAAGCCUGCUUGCGGGAAGUUGUCCUUACGGAGCGAGACCUCUACAGGCAUCUCUCCAAAGUCCUGCAGACAUGCUUGACCUUUGCCCACAACCUGCGCAGGUUCUCACACAGCAUUGGCGUAGAGCCCCUGGAAGAGCCGGAUGGAAAGACCCAGACCCCCGCGGAGAGGAGGCUGGCGAAGACUCGGCACAGCACGCAGCGCUAUCUGUCCUUGCUCUCGCAGAGGCAAUACUCAAAGAUGAUGGCCAAGUGGAAGACGAUCUUUGAGAGCCAGCUCCAGGCGUUCCUGCGGCAGAUCCAGCAGGAGUCCAAGGCGCGCUAUGAGCACUUCCUGAGCAACUUAGCGACGCGCCUCGACUACAACGACUACUACUCCUCCGUGCUCACAGGCCAACCCGACAUGCCGCCCUCGUGA